GCGGGGCCUAGACAGUGGGUCGCGGUGCGGGAACGUUGGUUUGGGCGCGGGGCUCGGAUGCCGUGCGUGGAGCGGCAGCGCCGCUCACACUCAUGAGGAGCCGCCAGUCGUCGUCGCAGUUGUCGCCGAGGCUUCAUUGCUUCUGAUCAACUUUUUCAGGUAGAGAGGCAGACAGACAGACAGACCACAGCACCAAAGCUUCCCCCAGUGCCGUGGGGGCCGGGCUUGAACCUGGGGCCAAGCAUGCUAAACCAGGCACCUCCUCAGCUCACAGGUGGAGUGCGGUCUUCUGCGCGUCUCAGAACCCGAAACUGUCCCGUCCAGGAUGUCAACAUUGCCACAUCAGUCAGGACGGUGUGCCAGACUUCCUCCUCACACAAAACCACAGAACGGCGAACUUCUAAGAAGGUCAAGUAUGACAAGGGCCACUUUUUGAAAUCAGAGCUACAGAAACUAAUUCCCAAAAAUGCUGCUGUGUCAGAAGUGUCCCCCAACCCCCCUUGUAAAAAUGACUCCCAGGAACUUGCUGAAGGUGAUGUGCCUUCCCCAGGAAACAGAGCUGGCAUACCCACAGGACAGGAGGCCUCAGAUCUCCCCUUAGGUCACCCCAGAGCUGGGAGUGAUAGCUGCCCAACAAAGACUGAGGAUGGCCCAUCGCUGCCAAGACACAGUGCCCUCUCAGGAGAAGAAUCCAAUAGCGGCUCCACCCCCAGAGAUGAACCAAGGAGCGAGAUAGAGCCAGUUCUCUCACCCCCACUGCAGAUGGACAACAGUGUCUUUCUGGAUGAUGACAGCAAUCAGCCAAUGCCAGUGAGCCGCUUCUUUGGAAACGUGGAGCUCAUGCAGGACCUGCCACCAGUGUCUUCAUCAUGCCCUUCCAUGAGCAGACGAGAAUUCAGGAAAAUGCAUUUCAGAGCCAAAGAUGAUGAUGAUGAUGAUGAUGAUGAUGAUGAUGAUGAUGAUGAUGAUGAUGCCGAAAUAUAGGGAGUAAUGCUUGUGAAAGGAUUUCUUUGCAAAUUACAGAUUUAUAUAAAAUUGUCUCAAAAAAAAAAAAAGUGUUCUGAAUCAAACUUCAAAACUGGCCCUCAAAGUCAAAAGUGCAAAAGCCCAUACCACCAAAUUAUUUGGGUAUAUGAACCAAAUGACGUUUGAUUGUGAAGCUGUCUUUAUGUUGGUGUAUUAUUUUUUCAUAUCUGUACAUAUACGGUGAUUGAAUCUGCUGAAGGGGCUCAGGACUAAAUAUUUAGAGAGAGAGAGAUCUUUGUAAAGAAAACUCCACUGAAGCUCUUUUGUUUGGAUAAGAUGCAAAUUUAUGGGAGCCGGGCAGUGGCGCAGUUAGUUAAGCACACAUGGUGCAAAGUGCAAGGACCGGCAUAAGAAUCCCGGUUCGAGCUACUGGCUCCCCACCUGCAGGGGAGUCUCUUCACAGGCAGUGAAGCAGGUCUGCAGGUGUCUAACUUUCUCUCCCCCUCUCUGUCUUCCCCUCCUCUCUCCAUUUCUCUGUCCUAUCCAACAACAAUGACAGCAACAAAAGCAAUACCUACAACAAUAAAAAAAAAAAAAACGGGCAACAAAGGGAAAAUAAAUAUAAAAAAAUUUUUUUUAAAGAUGCAAAUUUAUUUUCCUUUAUCAAAGUUUGAUCAUUCUUGUGAUUAGCUCAGUUCCGGUUCUUAAAGAACUCUUUCAUUCCUGUGAUGAAGUUAACCUUGGAAAUUAUACAAAAUACAUAUGGAAAAUAAAUAUUUUUUUUAAGUCUUGUCCCUAAAACUACAGUCCUUUCUAAAGGGAAUGGUGAGAGAAAAAAAAUGUCUUGUCUUAAUACUAGUAAGGCUGUGCUACCUUUGUACUCACUCACCAGCUGCAGAGGGGAGGCCUUUAAAUACAAUCAAGAAUUUAGAGCAUAGGGCUGUGACCUUGAAGGCAUAAGGCCCCUCUUGUGUAGGACUGAGAUUUCUGAGAAGUAGGUGCUCACUCCAGUGCUUGAGAGGCCAGACAUCCAGAGCACUCUGUCUUUCAUAGUGUUACCAGUCAGCAGACCCCCAAAAAGACUAUGCUUUCCAUCCCCCUUUAUUCAGGAGCACCUUGGGGUGCAUUUCCUCAGUGAACUAUAAAGCUGAUGUGCCUACUCAUCUUGAAGCUCCUAGAAACCUAUCCCCUUGGGGUUUUCCUUGGGCAGGUAUGAUCAAAUUAACACCCACUUCUAGUCCCUCCUUUCUUUAGAGUAGUAAGGGGUAGACGUGGGGCUGAAAAUUCCAAGUUUCUCAUCAUGACUUAGUUCUUUCUGGUGAAGUGUCUCCACUUCAGGGCCCCACAUGGACCCCAUUAGAACAAGAGAUGCUCCUACUGUUCUUAUUAGGAAUUUCACAAGGGUGACAGGAACCUGUGUCAGACCAGUCUAUAUGUCUUAUUAGUUCACAAGAGAUGAGCAUAUGACCAAGGUGAAAAUCCAGGACAAGAAGCAUUCAGGAUGGUUAAGAACCCAGAAUUGGGAGCAUCUAGAAAGGGGAAAUCCAGGGACAGGAAUAGCCAGGAAAGGGGAUGCCCAGAUGAGACAGUGGCCAGGCAGAAGGAGGAUCUUGGAGAGAGCCUGGUCCCUGGAUGUCAAAGAACAGCCAUCCAUGCUGCAGGAAGACUUGGUUUCCUGAAGGAGCAGCUGUCUCAAGCUACCCCUCAUUCUGGUUUAACAUAAUGGCAGCUUGUCUUAGUCCCAUUAAAAUGUUCUAUGAGGUACAGAGGUAGUUUACAAACCAGGUAACUUAGAAGCAGAAUGCAGAGGGAGAAGUACCCUAUGAGUUUUUUUUUCAGUUCUGUUGCAGCAGCUUCUCUGAAAAAGAUUUCCUACAGUUGCUUUGCUUCCAGUAUUGGAAAGUAUCUCCCACCAACUACUGCUAUCUUUUGGAUACUUAAGAGUAAUUUUGUGAUUUAUGGAUUGACGGCUACUCUGUAUUCACUAAUCUGAAAAUGUUACUUAUAAAAGCAUUUGAUUAGCCAGUGGAAAAAAAAUCUACACAAGAUGCAGGAAUGGUGGUUAAUCACUUAGUAUGGAUCAGUGUUAAUCUAACUACCUCUGAUUUAAGAUUUCUCCACCCUAUAUAUGUGUUUCUUGGGGAACAGCAUCUGAAUCACAUCCACUGAGAGACUAGGAAAAGCAGAAAGGUUUCUAGGGCCAAAGAUAAGGAUAUGAAUACUGCUCACCUGCUCACCAACUCCCAGGCUGCUGGGCUAUUAUAAGCAUGAGGGCCCAACUCCUGGUCCCCUCUGACUCUCAUCUACCUCCUCAGAUCCAAGCUGGCUCCACUAAGUUGAAGACGCACUAUCUCAUGAAACAAUUCUUGCUUGCUUGAGUAAAACAAAUUUCUGGUUUAUCUACUGAGAAAUGAAACCAGAUCCUGAAGACCAGGAGCUGACAGCAGAGGGUGUGGCAAAAAUUCCAACAAACAAAUCUCAGAGCCCCACAGUAGAGCCCCCAGUGAAGCAACAAUGGCGCUUAUGUCCUACUCAGGGAGGCAAAACAUAGGUCUUAGUGGUGGAGCAUCUCUUACAUCAAGAGGACAGUAAAAGGUAUACUCCCAGCUCUAGAUCACUUCCUAACCAGCCCUCUGGGUUGAAAGGAUUCUCUUGGCCCUCCAGCCUGGCCUCACCUUACUACACAGCUCCAGAAAAGUUCCAGCCCAACUACUAACUGCACAGAGGAGAUAAAUGCCACAUUUUGCAGAUGGGACUUCUAAAAUCCACAGAGAAUGAGCUUUUAUUCUAAGGUAUGUCUGUAUUUCAGUGAAGAAAACCAAACAAUUUUGGUUAAAAAAAAUUUAAUCAUUGAUCCCUUAUUAUUCUCAAUGAAUGUAAACUUUACUGGCAUGUUUGUGUUUUACCUGGUUAUACAAUAAAUGUAAAAAAAAAAAAAUCCAAAUGUUAUAAAAUGUAUGUCUUUUAAAAGUACAUUUAUGAUAUAAAUGAUCAUUUCAAAAAUUCCAAAUAUAGAAAGCAUGUAGAAAACUA